AUGUCUCCAGGUCGACAGACUGGACAAGAAGAGUACGAUUUCAUCGUCUGUGGUGGCGGUACCUCGGGUUGUGUUGUGGCAGGGCGGCUAGCUGAGGAUACCAAUGCUCGAAUACUCCUUGUCGAGGCUGGACCUCACAACAAAGAUCUGGAGAAUGUCCACAUGACUGGUGGAUGGUCAAACAACUUUGACAGUGAAACGGAUUGGAACCUCGUUACGUCGCCGAUGCAAGGUGUAGAUGGACGACAAGUCAAGCUCAGCCGGGGCAAGUUCCUGGGUGGAUCUUCAGGUGUGAAUGGUACACUGUGUAUUCGUGGAAGCAAACAGGAUUAUGAUGACUGGAAAUUACCAGGUUGGUCCGGCGAUGAGAUGUUCCGGUACAUGAGCAAGUCCGAGACGUUCCACAACAAGCCAUGGUUUCAAGCCGACGAGAAAGCUCAUGGUUAUAAUGGCCCUCUUCACACGGAACCGCAUGAUCUUGCCCCCAUCUCCAAGUUGGUGCUGGAGUCAUUUGAGUCCUCUGGGAUGCCACUAGUGCAUGACAUGUUCACGAAUGGCGAAACAGCUCAUGGAUGCGGCCACGCUCCACGGACAGUUCAUAAAGGCAUCAGGACCACAGGCGCCGAUUUUGUCACUAAUGACCAACACAAGCAUAAUAUCGACAUCGUGGUCGAGACGUUGGUGGAUAAGAUUAACUUUGAGAAACAGAAUGGCCAGUUGGAAGCCACCAGCGUAACUCUCGUGGACAAGACAGGAGCAACCAGAGACGUGAAAGUCAGGAAAGAAGUAAUUGUAUCCGGAGGUACUUAUUGCUCGCCGGCAAUUCUUCUUCGAUCAGGCAUCGGUCCAAAGGACGACUUGGAGAAAUUGGGCAUCAAAUGUUUGGUCGACUCACCGGGUGUUGGGAAGAAUCUGCUCGACCAUCUUAUCGUCUUCGUAUUUUAUGAGGUCGCAAAGGACGGUCUGACGAAUGACCAUCUGGCGUACCAUGGAGACGCGGCCAUGAACUCAUAUAUGCUGUACAAGGAGAAGAAAGAAGGCGUUCUAUCGACUUUCCCCUUUGGAGCUUUUGCUUAUGCACGACUCGACGACCGCCUGAAAGAUGAACCCUUGUGGAAAGAUGCGAAGAGGGAGCAAGGUCGCGAUCCGAUGGGCCUAACGAAAAGCCAGCCCAAUAUUGAAUUCUUCACAACUGAGGCGAGUUUCCUGGCCUUAUAUGGUGGCCCGAAACAAUAUGACGACCUUCCAAUAGACAAGAAACAUGCCUUCGCCAUGAUCACCGAACUCUUCUCGCCACGCUCCAAGGGCACAGUGACUUUGAAAUCCACGGAUCCUCUGGACAACCCAAUCAUAGAUUGCAACUACCUUUCAGAUCCGCUGGAUGUUCUGGUCCUGACUGAAGGGUGCCGACUUGGAAACGAGAUCGUUAUGAAAGGAGCUGGCACCAAGGACGUUAUCAAAGGAUCAUGGCCUGCAAAUCUGGCCCAUCAUACUUUCACCAGCCGCGAGCACUGGAUUCCGCAUGUCAAACAGCAUGCAACCACGUGCUAUCAUGCUGCAGGUACAUGCAAGAUGGGACAAUCCGAUGACAAGACGGCUGUUCUUGACCCAAAACUGCAAGUACGUGGGGUCAAAGGACUUCGAGUCGCAGAUUGUAGUGUGAUGCCAACCUUGAAUGGCGGCCACACACAAAUGCCAGCGUACGCCAUUGGCGAGAAGGCGGCAGAUCUGAUCAAGGAGACUUGGGUCGAGUCACGCCUUGCCAAUAGGAUGGCAAAGUUGUAG